UAGGCGAUGGGCCCGCGACUUGUAAUUGGAGGAUAGCCUCUUAUGGUGGCUCUCGGUCAGAAAAGGGGCGAAAGAAUCACAAAAGGGGAGAAGUCGGCGUUACACUUUGAACUCUUCGAUUUCUCUCUAUUACUGCCAAUCUCUUCGUCGAUCGCUAUUUGGAGCUGCUUUCCUGUGUUCGAUGAUUCAAGUUCAGAUUGGUUGCUGAUUUUUGGGCUAUUUUUCGAGUUUGAGUGAUGGACUUGGUGGCAGGUUGCAAGGACAAAUUGACACAUUUCCGAAUAAAAGAGCUUAAGAAUGUACUCACUCAGUUAGGUCUCUCAAAACAGGGGAAGAAGCAGGACCUUAUUGACCGCAUACUAGCAACUCUUUCUGAUGAACAAGUUUCCAGGAUGUGGCCAAAAAAGGGCACUGCUGGGAAGGAAGCAGUGGCGAAGCUAGUUGAUGACAUAUACAGAAAAAUGCAGGUAUCUGGGGCCACUGAUUUAGCAUCAAAGAGUCAGGGUGCUUCUGAUAGCAGCAAUGUGAAAGUAAAAGGGGAAGUGGAUGAUCCCUAUCAGUCAGAUACAAAAGUUCGCUGUCCUUGUGGAAGUUCAUUGGAAACAGAGUCAAUGAUUAAGUGUGAGGAUCCAAGAUGUCAUGUGUGGCAACACAUUGGUUGUGUCAUAAUUCCUGAGAAACCUAUGGAGGGUGGUGCGCAAAUCCCUGACUUAUUUUAUUGCGAGAUCUGUCGACUCAGUCGAGCUGACCCUUUUUGGGUUACAGUUGCAAAUCCAUUAUAUCCUGUGAAGUUGACUACUACAAAUACUCCGACUGACGGUACAAAUCCAGUGCAGUCUGUGGAGAAAACAUUUCAUUUAACAAGGGCAGACAAGGAUUUAUUGUCGAAACAAGAAUAUGAUGUUCAGGCUUGGUGUAUGCUCUUAAAUGAUAAAGUUUCAUUCAGAAUGCAGUGGCCACAAUAUGCAGAUCUUCAGAUCAACGGUGUCCCUGUUCGUGCUAUUAAUAGACCGGGCUCGCAACUACUAGGUGCUAAUGGUCGUGAUGAUGCUCCUAUUAUAACACCAUGUACAAAAGAUGGUAUCAACAAGAUUUCUCUAACUGGAUGUGAUACACGCAUAUUCUGUUUAGGUGUCAGAAUUGUAAAACGGCGAACUGUUCAACAGAUCCUCAACUCGAUUCCUAAGGAGUCUGAUGGGGAGCAUUUUCAAGAUGCUCUUGCACGUGUCGUUCGUUGUGUUGGUGGUGGAACUGCUGCAGGAGAUGAUGCUGAUAGUGACAGUGAUAUUGAAGUUGUUGCAGAUUCUUUUGCUGUGAAUCUGCGUUGUCCUAUGAGUGGAUCCAGAAUGAAGGUUGCAGGGAGGUUUAAACCUUGUGUUCAUAUGGGCUGUUUUGAUCUUGAAGUUUUUGUGGAGCUUAACCAGCGGUCGAGAAAGUGGCAGUGCCCCAUUUGUCUAAAGAAUUAUUCGUUGGAAUAUAUUAUCAUCGAUCCAUAUUUCAAUCGAAUCACAUCUAAGAUGAGGCAUUGUGGUGAAGAUGUGGCAGAGAUUGAGGUGAAGCCUGAUGGGUCUUGGCGUGCAAAGACGAGAAAUGAAAGUGAACGUAGGGAGCUCCGGGAGCUUGCACAAUGGCACACUCCUGACGGUGCACUCUGUGUCCCUACUGAUGAACUUAAAACGAAAGUGGAAAUGUCAAAGCCAAUCAAACAAGAAGGCAUUUCAGAAGGUCAUACUGGUUUGAAACUUGGAAUCAGGAGGAAUCGCAAUGGUAUUUGGGAAGUGAGCAAACCUGAGGAUAUGAAUGCAUCGUCUUCUGGUUUUUUGAACCACGAGCAGAAAGUUAUCCCAAUGAGUAGCAGUGCCACUGGAAGUGGUCGGGAUGGUGAAGAUCCAAGUGUUAAUCAGGAUGGCGGAGAGAAUAUUGAUUUUCUGAGCAAUGGGAUUGAGCUUGAUUCCUUACCUCUGAAUUUAGAUUCAGCCUAUGGAUUUACUGAUAGAAACCCUUCCGUGGCUGCAGUAGAUGCAGAAGUUAUCGUUCUUAGUGAUUCUGAUGAUGAAAAUGACAUUGUCUAUAAUAAUAAUCAAACUGAUGCUGGUGGGACAAAUUUUUCGGUGCCUCCUUCAGGGAUUGCCGAUCCCUAUUCAGAAGAUCCUAGUCUUGGAGCUGGUGCAAAUUCUUGUAUGGGUCUUUACAGUGCAAAUGAUGAUGAAUUUGGGAUGCCACUCUGGCCUUUACCUCCGGGAACCCAAUCAGGCCCCGGGUUUCAGUUAUUUAGUUCAGAAGCAGAUGGCUUGGUUGAUUUGCAGCAUGGUUCGAUCGGUUGUCCUCCGUCAAUGAAUGGCUACAGUUUGGCACCAGAGACCACCUUGGGUUCUGCUCCUUUAGUCCCCGAUUCUUCUGUUGGUCAGACUGAUACAGACAUAAAUGAUGGAUUGGUUGAUAAUCCCUUGGCAUUUGGGGGUGACGAUCCAUCUCUUCAAAUUUUUCUCCCAACCAGGCCUUCAAAUGCUUCGCUACAGACUGGCUUCAGAGGUCAACCUGAUGUGUCAAAUGGUAUACGCACGGAUGAUUGGAUCUCGCUUAGACUUGGGGGUGGGACCUCUGGCGGUCAUGGUGAGUUACCAAUUGCGAAUGGAGUGAAUUCAAGACAGCAAAUGCCGAUCAGAGAAGGUGCCAUGGAUUCUUUGGCUGAAACUGCUUCACUGCUCCUUGGCAUGAAUGAUGGUAGAAAUGAGAAAGCAAGUCAGCACGGUUCAGAUAGCCCUUUCUCAUUUCCUCGCCAAAAACGUUCAGUAAGGCAAAGGCUAUAUCUUUCCAUUGACUCGGAUUCAGAGUAGAGGAAAUAUAACCUAGUUUGGUUGAGAACUGUUGUUGCUCUCUUUUGAAGUUCUUUGGACAGAAGACUUCCACUGGAGAUGUCCCCACGUUUUUUAAAUGGCAGUGAAAGGAAAUUGACUAAGAUUCGGGUCCUUGUGAGUUUUGAAGUCUCCCAAUUAAGCACAAGGCAUAAACAGCAGAACCACUGAACUACUUUUUCUUUUAAUUGGUGAGCGGUAGGCUCGUGUAUCCUUUUCCACUAUGUAGUACCCUAUCUAAGUGGUGUUUCUGACACCAUUGUUUUAUCAGGUCCACAAAGGCACCUUCCCCUCAAAGAGCUGCAAGUCCGGUGCUGGUAAAUUGUACAGUAGUUAUUUAAAUAUGAGAAUCACUCCAUUAGAAUUUAAACCGAUGGGUUGGAUUCUUUGGAUGUAGUAUGGUCCAAUUGAGUAGCACUGGUACCUGGUUUUAGAGAGUGAAAUAGCAUGUAAGGUGAGAUCCAAUUGAGUAGAACCGCACAAGGCUCCACCAGUGUGUGGGGAAUGGAGACCACAUGUUCGCAUGUAUUAGAUACAGAGAAUAUAUAGAGAUUGAUAGAUAAUAUUUUGAAGAUACAAGCUGAGGCAGACUUGUUUGACCAUACGACUUUUUUGUGGCUGCUUGUUUAAUUUGCCACAUUGUGGAAGUCCUUUGGUAGAGAGUAGGAGUCUGUCUAGCUGUCACUAAAAUAUGUUAAAAACAGUAUCCCUUUGGAAACCGGUUGGCUACUGACUACUGUGAAUCAGAUUGGUGCAAUUUGGAACACAACAGUAUAUAUUAUUUUUCUUCAACAGGCCUCUUCCCUUCCCUGUGCUUCUUUUUCUUACUGAAUGGCAUUGCAGUUUGCAGUUAUUUCAACUUGUCUCGUUUUGGCUCAAGGUUGUCUCUGCUUCACCUAUCUUGGAUGGCGUGAAAUUUCUGGUACUGAGUUGUGUGUUACUUGGGGUAUGAUUCUUAUAUUUGUUGCUCCUUGCAGGGAGAAGCUGUUUUAUUCUCCUCCAUUAGUAUUAGCUUCAGAAGUUUUCUUUUAUCUCGUAGUUUUCUUCUGUAAUUCCCUGUCAAACUGUGACUUGUCUUUGGAUAUUCAGACUUGAAACAUUGUUGUAGUUAGUAUUAUAAUUCUUUAUUAUAGUUACAGCAUUCUCAGCACAAGAU